UUCCUAUCGUUUCGACAACUCCUUCUAAUGCAGCACCUUCUUCUUCCGAUGAAAGUAUGGAUUUUAAUAUUGAUUCAAAUGAUUCUGAAACAGAUUCUGACAGUGAAAGUGAAAUGAAAUUUCAAACGAAUAAUAAUGAGAUAAUCCUCUCAGAGAAUGAAGUAGAAUCGUGUAGUUCAAGCACGAUAACAGAUGAUUCAUACAGUACAGUGACCGGCGAAAAUAAUUCACGCGUGUUUGAAGAUUGGCAAACUUGGGUUCCAGAACUAUCAUCAAGUGAGGAUGACAAUCCUUCGUCUAAUACAAUAAAAAGACAAAGGGUUGGAAAUAAUUUUAAUACUUGCUUUAUUUGUGGUGGUCCCGAUUUAUAUUAUAAUUUUAUUUGUAUAUGUGUUGGUUGUAAUGUUGGUUAUCAUCAAACGUGUCAUGAACCACAAAUUAGUGAUAGUAUCGCAAAUAAACGAUCUGGUAACGGUGAAAAGUGGUUUUGCGCGAAUUGUCAGAAAAAAGCCAAUAAAGAACCAUUAAUUUUACAUAGGAAUGGUUCGAGCAAUAAUGCUUUGGAUCGCGAUAAAGGAAUAAAGAAGAAGAAUGUUGAUGAUUCAAGCAAAAGUAGGAGACAAGAUUCUUAUCAAGAGAAAUCUAACAAAUGUUUGUUGACCGUUAAAAAAGAUCCCAGAGGAUCAUCGGAUAAGAAUCAUUUUUCAUCGCGAUCUCAAGCAAUUACUGAUCAGAUUCAUAAAAGUAAAAUCCAUAAAAAACGUAGAGGUAUAUUACCAGUUAUAAUUCAACCAUUUGAAAGGAGGCAUACUACAGCAUCCGAACUUCGAAGAUUAUUUGAUAAUUGUCCGUUAUCAAUAGUGAACUUUGAUGAGAUCUUUAUUCCUGAGGAGUGGGGUAACUUUGUAGAAAUUCCCACCACAAGCGUAGAAUAUAUCAUGCCUAGUGCGAGCUCAAUUUCAUCGGGUACGAGUGCCAUCUCUUUCAAGCAAAGUAAAUAUGUGGGAAAUUCAAAAUCAUUAGACUAUGAUUUGCCUGGCAAGAUUUCAACUCUGGUAGGCAAGAAUAUGGUUUCGAUCAGAAAGCAUGCUAGUUUAUCAUCUAAUAAGAAUUCCGUUACCCCUGCUCUAAAACGUGUUCACUCACCAUCAAAGAACACGCCUUCACCUACAAACAAACGUCCUGUUCCUUCAAGUAACGACAAUGGUUCACAUACAAAAUGUAUUGUUCCUUCAUUUAAUGAAUCCGAUUCAAGUUCACGGAAUGCAAUGGUUUCAAUGGAAAGUUAUUCAAUGCCAGGGAAGAACAAUGGAAGAGGUGAUUUUACGAGUGAUGAUGAAUAUUCCCCUUCCAAAAAAGUUGUCACGCCAAGUAAACCGGUUGGAUUUGUAGAAAACGUCGACGCUGACUUUAAUAUCAUGUCAUUACUGCCACCUAAUCUAAUCCCUUGUUUAAAUUUCGGAGAACUAGCUUUUCGAGAAGGUACCAUAGAUCGCAAGAAAACUAUCAAACGCGGGCGAGUGUUCCCCGUAAUUAAGUAA